ACAUGCAGGCUGCACCUUAUUAUAUUUAGCCACUUUCUUUCUGCAUCCUGCCUAAUAUAAAAGCAGGUUCAUCCUCUUGAUUUUCUUGCCAUCGCCACAACAUAAGUUCAAUCCGUGUAUAUUGCUAAAAGAAACCAGUCAUGGUUCCUAGAAUCAAGAGUACUAUUAUUGUGUUCCUUGUGCUAUUUAUUAACUUGUCUCCAGGCACUGCUGAAAGCUUCAAUAAUGGUGCAAGAUCCACGUGCUCACUCCAUGAGGAUGGCACCAUAAGAGUGAACUCAAGGAGGUUGCUAAGUCAUGAUGUGUUAGACUAUGAUGAUGCUGGAGCAAACACGAAACAUAUUGAUCCAAGGGCUAAGAGAGGAAGUGGUGGCAAGAAUGGUUGAUGCUAUUCAGUUGUCUUGAUUUGAGUCCCGUGUGAAAUCAAGACCUAUUCAGGAGAGCUUUUAAUGGUGAAUCAGGAUAUAAUUGAGAGUUGAUACUAGAUUCUCUAAUAUAGGUACUGCUUAUUUCUAAAUGCCUUUUUGAGGGGCAUAAUAACUUGGUAUGUAUUGAUCAUGGUAUUGAGGCGAUGAUAUGAAGUUGAAAUAUCAAAGU